AACUAUCAUUGAAGUGAUGAAAGUGCAAGAAACGUAGACGAGACAACGACGACAGCGCGACGACGUUGAAAUCAAUCGAAAGAGAAAAUUUUUAUUUGACCAACACUCAUGAAAAAGUGCUUAAAAAUCGGCAAUAACGCGUUUGCGGAAAUUGAAAAACUUUAAUAAAUUGGAAAAGUGCAAAAAAUCGUUUCGAGAUUUUUGUGGACGUGUAAAAUUUCAGUGUCGUCGUUGCGGCAGGUGCGCUGGAACGUCGCGAGGUGCGCCGUCGUCGAAAUCGAAACCAAAAACGUUGACAAAGCAUCGAAAUAAUUCCGUGUAUGGAAAAUAACCCCAAAAAUCUAUGAAAUCGAAUAAAAAUUAGUGUUCUAGGUUAGACCGUGGGUGCACAUACAAAAUUUCCUUUUCUUUUAUACAACGCGUAUGCGUUUGCUAAAGUGAGUGUAGUAACAGCGUACAGACGCAAUAAAUCUUGAAUCAAAAUAAUUAAAAACAAAAUGUGUGCUAAGUGUAGUGCGUAUCGCCAGCUGAUUUGAAAAGCAGAGGUGCUGGGCGUUAGAAACUCGCGCCUGGUAGUGUGCAAUCCACUAUUUUUUUAAUUUUAAGUGUAAAUAUUAUAUUUUUUCGUACGUGAGCGUGUGUGUGCAAUUCCGUAUUGCACCAUAAACCGAAAAAAUUCCGAAGUCAUCGGGCACCACCACGUUACAGCGUCUCAAGGCCAAAGCUGCAGGUGGUAGCGUGAAACGCAGUCGAACAGGCAGUGCAGCGGCUGGGGCAACAGUAACAGCGAGUAAUAGUAGCAGUGGGGGUGUUGGAGGAAGUGGUCGUUCAGCAGGCGGCCGUAAAUUUACAACAGGCAGUGUACAGCAAUUGCAACGAAGUGGCGGCGGUGCUGGACAGUGGGCAGCAGCGGCGGCGGCGACGACGACGACGACGACGAGUGGUGCAGGUCCUGGCGGUGGCAGCGGCGGAAAAUCCUAUACAACGUCGCCCAACUCGAUAUUUCAGGCUGAACAGGAACCGGCGUAUUUGCAUGGUUUUCAAUCGCCAAAUUACAACACCACAACUGCAACAACAACACCCACAAAAUCAUCAUAUCAACAAAAACAACAGCAACAACAACACCAGUCCAAUAACAACAAUUACAACUACAACUAUAACAACCAACACAACAACAACAGUAACACCAGUGCCAAUUAUACAAAUUAUUCAACAUACGCCAAUACAACAUUAUCGUCAUCGUCACAUACAAAAACCACAGCGCCUCAUACCAAACUCUCAACGGCUCCAGCUGGUUCAACGUCGACAACGACGACGAUGAUGAUGACCAAACAUAAAAGUUCGCUCGCCGAGCGCCUAAAUAUUGGCGAGGAAGUGCGCGAAUUAAAGCUUGGCUGCACAUUUAAUACGAAAAAUACAACGACCGCCUUUCACACGAUAAAAUAUGACUUUAAGCCAGCGAGUGUAGACAAAAGUAAAGUAGCUACUGUGGACGUCGGCUCCAACAAUCAAGUUACUGUUACCGUGCCAAAUCUAGUAAGUUCCGGUGUGCCUCAUACAGUUUAUAAGGGAAAUCACAGAAAAUACACAAAAGAAUGUUUGUUGAUUUAUGAUCGAAAAACCGGUGGUAUUACGUUCGAGAAAUUAAAUCACAAUAUACAAGUGAAAAAGACUAGGAGUGAAAUGACAAACAAGCCAAGUGCGUUAGCAGCUAAUGCAAACGUGCCAGCGCCUCAGCAAAUUAAGGAGAAUAGCACGAUGCGCAUCUCAUCGAAGACGAAAGUGUCGACAGGGAGUCGACGGAAUAAUAUAAUUGAUUUUAAGCCAAGAAACUCGCCAUCCGCGUCAGCUUCACCGUCUGCACCGCCAUCCAUACACAAAAGUCCACAAUCAGCUCCGGCCUGGAACGCGCACAAUACUCAAGCCACGUUGCCUAGCAUUCCAAUGAUCUUCGAUGACGAUGAUGAUGGCAUGUUUGGUCUGUCCUCUGCCGCUGGUAAUAGUCACACGCACGGUGGUGGUGUUGGUAGUGGCAGUGAUGCGGCGAAUAUAUCCACAUCGUCCUCGGCGUCGAGUCAUAAUAAUUCGGCGCAUGAAUAUCUUAUGCAGCAGCAACAACAGCAGCAGCACCAUCAACAACCCUCUCCGACAAAGCAGUCUAAGCAAUCGCAUCGUAACAAUCAAAAACGGCACAAUAAUCUUAGUUCGGCGGCGACAGCGGCAUUGACAAGUGCGUCUACGACGACGGCGACGACGACGACUGCGGCGACGGCGCCUAGUCGUAGCGGCAAGCAAACAAAACACAAUCGCAUGGAGCAACGAACUUCCUCGCCGCAAAACUUUGCACAGCAACAACAAAGGCAACAACAGCACAAUCACUAUCAGCAGCAACAGCAACAGCACCAGCAAUCAAGCAACAAUCGCAUGUACUCUUCCUCCUCAAACACCACAUCCUCAGCUCAUUUGUCCAAUGGUGGCAUUGCUGGCUAUCACAGCAGCAGCAACAAUCUAUCUAUGGGCAAUCAUACGGGCAGCAAUCAUAUAAUGCAACAGCAGCAUCAGAUGCAACAGCAGCAGCACAUGCCAGGCAUGGCAUCGCCAAACGAUGAAAUGGCCAAUGCGGCGGCGCAGCUAGAGCAGCAAAUUCUCGGCCUCAGCUCAUCCAGUUCGAGUUCUGGUUCUGAUUCGAGCGGCAGUGAUAGUGGCAGUGACUCAGACGAUAGCAGUGAUGAUGAUGUUGGCGCUGGCAAUCAGCAACAACAGCAGCAGCAUCAAAUGCAUCAGUUGCCAAAUCUAAUGUCAGCGCUUCCGCCAAUGACUGCAGCUGCGCCACAACAACAUAAUCGCAAUACACACACGUCUGGCUAUGCGUCGUCCAACAGCAAUAACCACAUGAAUAGCCACAACAGCAAUAAUGGUGCAUUUACAAGUGAUCUGCUGCAAAACGAUCUACAACUGUCCUCAAAUUCUUCCGAUGACGACGAUGAUUAGUGGGCAUGCAUGCUAGAGAUAUGUAUGUGUGUACAUACGCGCUACAUUUGCACACAAAAACAUACAUACAUAUAGUAUGAAAAAAAAAACUGAAACUUACAUACACAUAGAAUUGUGCAGCUGUUUUUAUUUUUGAAAUUGUUUAUUUAGCUGUGUGUGGGUUGUGUACUAUUUAAAGCGUAUUUAUACAUAUACUCUAGCUAUAUAAUUAUUCUUUAUAGUUUAGGCAACUAAUUUUCUUUAGGAAUUUUUAAAUAAAAUAAUAAUUAUUUUUAAAUAAAAUAAUAAUUAUUUUUUGUUUUAAUGAGAAUUUAAAUUUAUGAAUCGCCCGCAUAAAAAAAACAAAGUUGUACUCUUUUGUUGCUAAGCUUCAAAUCGCUGAAUUUGUUUAUAAUUUUCCUGUUGUAAUAUAAGCAUAAGAAACGCGAAAACGUGCAAGAGAGUAAGAAGGGGGCGAAACGAGGGUUAGGGAAGAGAAUUUAAUACUAGUAAAAUUGAAAACUUAUUAAAUAAUGCUACAUUAAAUUAAGUACGCAUGUACUAAUUAAAUAAUAAAAAAAAACUAUGUGAAUUUUUUUUUUGUAAAAAGCAGCGCUUUAAGUGAUGAGCAUAACUGAAAUUAGUAAAUAAAUACAAAAAACGAAAAUACGCAUAUAGAAAACUAAGGGAACUUGAAAAGCGUGCCGAAGGAAAUGCGUAAGGCAUAAAAAGGGAAAAUUGAAAUAGAAUAGUUGAAAACAUAGCAAAAUAGCAUUAACAUAUGGAAAAUGCAUACAAACGAAUGAAAUUGCCAAUUUGUAUAUUUAAAUAAUUUUUUGUCAUUUAUUUUUGUAUAAAAUAAGUAAAUAAGUUUAGUUAAAUAAUGAAGUGAGAUAGUAUAGUAUGGAGUAUGUUAAUACGAAAAAUGUGUGAGAAUAAGUCAAAACAAAAAUACGUAGUAAACGAAAACAAUGAACAGCAAAUAUGCAAUCAGCAAUUGUGAAAAAUUAAUGAAACGAGAUUUAUAACAAAAAUAUAAAAAUAAAAUAUAAAAGGGCAAAUAAGCGUACUUUAAUAAAAUACGUACACACAACCGUAUGUAUGCGUAUUACCAUUAUAUGUAUGUAUAUGUAAUAUGCAUGAUAAAACAACUGCAACAUAAAGUUGGCUAAAACCGAGAUUUUGUAAAAUGUAUACAAGUAAUUUAUUUUUAUAGUUUUCGUCCUAAAAUUAUUAAUUAACACUAUAGUUUACUACGUUUUAGCACUGAAUAUAAAAUUUCACUGCUCUUAAAAUAUCUGGAAAAAAGUGAUUGCUGCACACGUGUGAUAUGCGUUAGAAUUUGCUUUCGAAUUGUCAAUAUUCAGCCUUAUCACGAGUUUCAUUUUCGCCCGGCAUCGUUCGCUUUUCUCUUUCCGCUUACGGGCGGAUGAAAAAAUUUCGGCUGAAUUUGUUUUCGGGCGAAACUCAGGAGAAGCCUGAUUAUUUUUAUGAAGAAGAGGAGGCCACUAAAAUAGUUAAGUUGAAAAAACCUUAUUCCGCAAAAAUAUUUCUUACAACCUUUCGACAGUUCAAAAAACCUUUCGAAAUUUUCACGAGAUUUCGUGCUUUUUGCCAGCCUUUGCCUUAACACCCCUAAUGCGUGGAGUAAAAAGUGAUUGCAUUUGUUUGAAAGAAGAACUGGAAUUUUCGCCCAAGUGUUUGCUGUUUCAUUUCCGUGAAAACUUACGCCAGACAGCCAACGCCAGACAGCCAGUAGCCCCCCAGGCUAUGUGUGCUAAAUGUACGUGUGUAUUUUGCCUGGCACUGCUCUAGAUGAACGUCAGUGCCAAAACUGGUU